GCUUCCUGAUUGGUCAGAAGAGCUGCGUGUCAAACGUCUGUAUCCUCCAAGCAGCUGUGCUGUGGCCGCUAGGCGCUGCUCCCGUCACAGACAUCCUUUCUCUGUUCACGGUUUUAAACAAUGCUAUUUAUAUUCUGCACGGUUCUAAAUCAUUUAUCGACUGCUAAACCAAGGAUUCUAAAUUGAUUCUAUCAUCUACAGUUUGCCAUGGCGACGGUGGUGAUGGAGCAGAUUGGUCGCCUGUUUAUCAAUGCGCAGCAGCUGCGCCAGAUCCCUCAGCUGCUGGAGUCAGCCUUCCCCACACUGCCUUGCACUGUGAAGUUGUCCGAUGUUCCCUGGGUUUUCCGUGAGCGUAACAUCCUCACUGGCUACAGACAGACCGACCAUAGCUGGCGCUACUACUUCCUCACCCUUUUCCAAAGGCACAAUGAGACCCUCAAUGUGUGGACCCAUCUGCUGGCUGCCCUCAUCAUCUUGGUGAAGUGGCAGGAGAUCUCAGAGACAGUGGAUUUUUUGCGAGACCCUCAUGCUCAGCCUCUCUUCAUUGUCCUCCUGGCAGCCUUCACCUACCUCUCCUUUAGCGCCCUCGCUCAUCUCCUGUCUGCCAAGUCAGAGCUUUCCUACUACACCUUCUAUUUUCUCGACUACGUGGGAGUUGCUGUCUACCAAUAUGGCAGUGCCCUGGCACACUACUAUUACGCCAUAGAGAAGGAGUGGCACACUAGGGUGCAAGGCCUCUAUUUGCCCUCCGCAGCAUUCAUGGCCUGGCUCACUUGCUUUGGCUGCUGCUAUAGCAAAUAUGCUAAUCAUGAGCUACCCAAGUUAGUCCUCAAGUCCUUCCAAGUGGUGCCGUCAGCCUUGGCUUACUGUUUAGACAUAAGCCCUGUGGUUCACCGUAUCUACAGCUGCUACCAGGAGGGCUGCUCUGACCCUAUUGUGGUGUACCAUUUCUACCAUGUGCUCUUUUUCAUAAUCAGCGCCUAUUUCUUCUGCUGCCCCCACCCAGAGAGUUGGUUCCCUGGGAGGUGUGACUUCAUCGGGCAGGGCCACCAGAUCUUUCACAUGCUGGUGGUGGUGAGCACCCUGAUGCAGAUCGAAGCACUGCGAACAGACUUCACAGAGCGCCGCCCGUUGUACGAGCAUCUUCACGGCGAUCUUGCGCACGAUGCUGUCGCUCUCUUCAUCUUCACUGCCUGCUGCAGCGCUCUUACUGCUUUUUAUGUGCGUAAAUGCGUACGUGCCUCUCUCCACGAGAAGGACAAGUAAGAACUGGAGUAAAACUUGAGUCAAAAGUCAAAUUUAUUUUACUUUUGAGUGACCGUUUAUUUAAAAUAAUUCUAAUGUUUUUGUCAAUGAAAGUUAUUAGUUUGUGACAGUGACAUAAAUAUUUCUUCUGUGAUCUGCCAAACUACAGUGAGCUAAAAAAAAAGUGACAAAUGUCGUGUUUUUGUGACUUUCGCUGAGGAUAAGGGACUCUUGUAAUUUGUCUGUAGCAAUACAGGUAGUACUCAAACACUGUAAUCAGUCCUCGCAUUGUUACACUGCUCUUUUUUUAGUCUGCAAGAUUUUUUUUGUAGUGAAACUGUUAAAGAAUGUUUAAUUUUACCAUACAAAAUUCUUCACUUUCUGUCAAGGUAAGCAGAAAAACUGUUGCGUAAAGACUGUUCCUUAAGGUGAUUUUUUUUACCCAGUGAUAUUUAGAACAAUCUGACUAUCUUGAUCAAAUUGUAGCAUUUGAAAUCACGCAAGCACUUAUAUUUAUAAUUUACCAAUAGCACUUUGUAUAUUGCAGUCAAUUCCUAUCUGAUUUAAAUUGGUGUUUAUGAGGUACCUUUUAAACGUCGUGUUCCUCUCGAUUCUGUCCCUCUCUUUAGGGAUCAAUGCAGGGAUGAAUUUUAUUUAGCAAGGUGCAAACGCUGUGUUGUGGAAACAUUUCAAUGUGUUCUUGGAAGCUGAGAACUCAGUUGCAAACCAAAUUGUGUACCUCUUAUUAAAAGUUCUUUUCUGGGGGACAGAUAACAUUAUGUUGAAAAUGAGGCUGGUGCUCAAUGUUGGUUAACUGAAGGCUAGAAGAUUAAAGCUGUCUCUCAGUGUUAAAUCCUUUUCAUUCAAAGGACUGAAACAUCAGUUUUCGCCUUUUCACAUCCCACGAUGUCAGUGCUUCUGCGUAUAGUUUUAAUUAUCGGUUGAUCAGAUCUGAGUCACAAAAACAUCCGAGUUGUGUCCUGCUUUUGGUAUAUUUAGUUUUUGUAUGAUGAACAUGUAUGUGCCUCUCCGCAUGUCUUUUGGUAUAUACUGUGAAUAAUAAGUGUGUGAAUGUCUUUGAAAGCUUUGCCUUGCACUUCUUUCUUACCCUGUAAAUAAGCUGUACUUCUCUAAAAGGUUUGCAUUUCAUUGUCUCUCCACCUCACAGCAUUCAGAACCAAAUGCAUUUUUUUCCAGUGGAAUUCCACACAUUCUAUUUAGCUACAUACUCUCCCAGUGUGUUCUGUGUUCAGUGUCCUCCUCAAUCUGGACUUUAUUAGCCAUGAAUACUCCAUUUCAUACUGCCACGUUGUUAACUGAAAAGUCCCUUAGGUUUUUUUUUUUUUGUUUGAUGAGUUGUGCAUAAAAAUAUCAGAUAUGGCUCACUAGUAAUGUUGCUUCAGUUUUUAUCUCACAAAAUCUGAAACCUCAGAAAUGAUCUUAUUCGUUGCAGCACUCUGUUUAUGAUGGUGUUUAAUGUGCCAAUGAAUCUGUUAUUGCUUCAGUGAUGGUACUACUGAAAGAUGAAUUCAGUUGCAGAAUGUCAGAAGUCACAGGUUGAUUUUUAAAUUACGUCUCCACCUGACUGCAAAUGUUAUUGGUGACAUUUCACCUAACACUCCUAAAAAUAAACUUUCUAGCAGCUGACUUUGGCAUUACUGACCUGGUCUCAUCAUGCACUGCCUGAAACAACACUGUAUAUACUGUAGUUGACAACACUGGCUAUGUUUACAUGCAUGGACGUGUCUGCUGUUAAUGUGAUUACUCUGGUUUUGUGUCAUCUCCUGAGCAUAAUAAUUCAAACUAAGCUGAAAGAACCAGUUCUCCAGGUCAGAGAAGCUUUUGUAAGACACCUCCAUUAUUAUGCAGGGUUAUAUCAUGGUUGGUAACAAGAGUGAAGCUCUCUUGUGUAGGACUCUUUUUGUACCUGUAGUCUAAUGCCUAAUCAAGGUUUUUUUGUGGCCAGUGAUACCCCAUUGGUAAAUGAAGCCUGUAAAUUUUUCACCAGCCCUGUCUGUGAUGUGUAGUUAUUGUCUUGAACAUCAAAAGGACCAAAACGAUUCAACCUGGGGUUACUAUUUCUUUCCUUGUGUUAGAAGUUAUUUGGUGUGGUGCAAAUGAGGAGAGAGCAGCCUGGAAAGUGACUGGUAUUCCUUGCUACAUAGAUUGUGGCAACAUUGAUAAUGUCACCCAUUAUCUACAGUAAGUUGCAUGCCAAUUAACCUGACUAAGGACCUGACUGGAAUAUUGCCAGCACUCCAUGUACUGUAAGUGUGUGUGUGAGUGUGUGUAAACGUAGCCUCUGAUGCAACGUAAGGUUUCUCUUUAUCCCUUUAUGAAAGCAGGAUAAGAGGGACCAGAAUGUCUUCUGCCUCUAAAAAUAUAUGGUCGACUGUACUAAUAUUCUAUGGUAUUUAAGAAAAUAAAGGAUUACAAA